AUGAGCACACGCGUCACCCGAGCCGAAGCACCCAGGAGGAUGGCGGCCCUCCAGGAACCUCUCCCGGGGCAAGGAUGUUCGGAGACCCGGCCUACCCGAGCUCCGCGGCGGGCCCUGGAGCGGACCCGCGACGAGGACUUCGCACCAGAACCCGCGGUGAGCUCCGACAGCGACGUGGAGGUGGUCGGCGAUCCCGCCGUCGAGGAGAGAGAGUGGCGACUCCGGAAGGCGGCGGCGGGCGGUCGGAUACCGCGCGGGACGACGGACAUCGGAGGAGCCACUCGGAGGAGAUACGCGGCCGAGGAGCCCAGUCCGAGGAACGAGGACGAGGACGAGCCACGCGCGCCAUCCCCUCCGCGGUGGUUGCCCGAGGUACCACCCACUCCCCGCUACGAGGGGGAGUGGCUCACGGACGGCGCUCGAGACGGCGACGGUGGAGCACCGUUGGCCACACCGCCAUGGAGGCCGGUCCGGCCACCCACACCACGAUAUGUCGAGCCACAGCGGCCGGAGGAGCACACGCCGAGCGAAGAGGCGACCGCGCAGCCGAUGCCACAACCACAGGAGGAAGAAGUCCACCAGGCACAGGCGGAGGAGCCGUCGGUGGUGCGGACGGAGGUGCCGGCCGCGCACGUGAGCCACAGCACACGGGCGUUCGUGGCCGAGGGCGUGCGGUGGCGGCAGCAGACGCUGGUGUGGACGUGGCCCGAGGGGCCCGCGGCAGGACCGACGAAAGAGGAGCCCAGGAUAUGGGAGGAGGGGGGCCCGCCAACACCGGCGACGGCGGCAACGACGGGGGAGGCAGAGUCGCUGGAGAAGGGACCGUGGGUGUGGCCCGAGCCACCGGCCACCCAAAGACCUCCGUUGCAGCGGCAAGUUUCGACGCCCGGAUCGACGCGCCCGCGGCCGCAGUUCAUGCGGCAAGUGUCGGCCCCGGAAGAAGGCGGUUGGCGCGAGGUUGCCAGGAGCGAGUGGCCGGAAGGGAUUGAGGAUGCACCCGCGGUCGCGACGGCACGGCGGAAGGGCGGCAGACGUUGCGUCCUGGUUAACGGCGGCCGAAGAAGGUACAGGGUGAGGCUCGGAGUCGCGGGCAUCCGGGUAUUCACCCAAUAA